GUUCUUAAGAAUCGCCAACGAUCUCGUGUUUCUGUCGUCCCAUUUGUGUCAUCAAAGGCUUUCUUCUUGACUGACCUGGACCUUGACCUUUAUGAGGAGGCCUUCUUGCCAGAAUUUGAAAUCCUCGAACACUUGUAUCGGUAUAGACAAUCAAUUCUUCCCUUCGGUGCACUUUAUCCCGGCCAGAAACACUUCGACAAUGGGUCCCAAGGACUCUGAACCAGUGUACUUUUGGAAACCAGAAUCAGAUAAUGGCUACCUGGGCCAAUGGUAUCCGUCGGAUUUUACUUGGGCCAGGAAUCCCGCUGACGCUCAUGGCGACUUUGAAAUCCUCAAAUAUGGCAAUGCUGAACAAUUCAUGAUGCACCGCAAGGGCCUCCUCUUCGCGCCAGACGAUCCUAUCACCCAGGAGAUUCUCGCGCGAGACUCUCCAUCACCCCAUCCUCGAGAUCUAAGAAGCUUAGGCCGGCAAAUACCCAACUUCGACGACGCAGUGUGGAAGACCCAUCGCUAUGCGAUCGUCGUUGAAGGCAAUUACCUGAAAUUCACCCAGAACUCGCAGCUCAAGGAGGAGCUUUUGUCCACGGGGGAUAGGGAGCUCGUAGAGGCUAGUCCGCGAGAUCGGAUAUGGGGUGUAGGAUUUGGGGCGAAAAAUGCUGGCGCGAGAAGGAAGCAUUGGGGGUUGAAUUUGCUUGGGAAGGCGUUGAUGGAGGUGAGGGAACGAAUUCGAAAGGAGGAUGAGGAGGGGCCGCAGGCGGCUGCUGGUGGAGAAAAGAAGGAUGCGGCAUAGAGCGAGGCCGUGUUGUGUAUAGGCGCGAUAACGAAGUAUGAACUGCCCUCAAUGACUACACGCUCAGACUUAUGUAUUAGAUUCGCUAUCAUGUUUCAAGGGACAAGAUCGGCCCGAUGGAAAUUUCGCUACUCGUAGUUUAUAGUUACCCGUUCGAAAGUGGAUGUCUUUCUUUCCCAAUUUUUGUGGUUUGUAAUUUUUUCAUCCCCUUAUGCCAUUACUCUGUGCAGUAAAAAGAUAUACUAG